AUGAAUAUUUCUACACUUACAAAAAAGAUUUCUGAUGAAGAAAAAGCAAUAAAAUAUCUUCAAGAGCAUAAUCUACUUCCAACAGUAAGAAAAUGUGAAAAUGGUCAUUUUAUGAAGCUCAAUUUUACGAAUCCAAUAAGAUGGCGUUGUAAUUUAAGAAGUUGCCGCAAAGAAAGUGGAAUAAGGGUGAAUUCAUGGUUUGAUGGAACCAAAUUGCCAUUACAAAAGGCAAUUUCAUUCAUUUAUUAUUGGGCCCACAAACAAUCGUCUGUGGAAGAUAUGAAGAGAGAAUUGGGGCUGAAUAAAAACACUGUUGUUGCUUGGAACAGUUAUUUGAGGGAAGUCUGUCUUUAUUUGGAGAAAAAGGAAGAAAAUAAAAUAGGAGGAAAAGGGUUAACAGUUGAAGUGGAUGAAACCCUCUUUUCGCGAAGAAAAUAUAAUUGUGGCAGAAUCCUACCGCAGCAAUGGUGUUUUGGUGGAAUUUGCAGAGAAACAAAGGAGUGUUUUGUGGAGCCAGUUGCAAAUAGAGCUUCUGAAACUCUAAUGGAAGUUUUGAAAAGAAGAGUGGCUCCAGAAACACUCAUUAUUUCUGAUAUGUGGAGAGGCUAUUCUCAAGUAAGUGAUUCUGGGUAUGAGCAUUUGAAGGUGAAUCACAAAUAUAACUUUGUGGACCCACUAACAAAUGCUCAUACCCAAAACAUUGAAAGAGUUUGGAGAUCCGUGAAAGAAAGGUCCAAAAGACAAUGUGGAACACGGAGAAGCAUAAAUAUGGCCAAUAUAUGGAAUAAAAUUUCUAGUCAAAUAAGUAAUUUAUUUUCAAGUAAUGAUAAUAAGAAUAAUGAAUUAAGACAGUCAUGUUCAUUAACAGUAUUAAAUCAAAAAAGUUUAAAAAUUAUGAGAAAUUCUAAAAGUAGUGAAAAUUUAAAUAAAAUUAAUAAAUCAUUUUCAAGUAAACGUGGAAAAAUGAAAAUUAAACAUGAUGACAAUAAUAAUAAAAAAGAAGGAAAAAAUAUAUCAAAUACAUUUGGUUCUUUUAUAAAAUCUAAAAAAAAUAAUAAUGUUAAAAAUGAUAAUGAUGAAUUUACUUUUAUAAAUACAAAAAAUUGUAAAGAUGAAUGUGAUACUUUUUCAAAUAAUAUUAAAAUGUCAUCAUCAUGGUAUACUGAUUUAAUGACAAAAUCCUCAAUGUAUAAUAAUUCAUUUAAUGAAAUAAUGAGUCAAAGUUUUACUCCAAAUAGAAUUAAUUAUAAUAUUGAUAGUAAUAAACCAUCAAGAUCAAAAAGUAGUAGUACAGUUUUUAGAGAUUUAUCUACAAAACCAUCAUUAUCAAAUGAUGAUAUAAUAAAUGGUAAUACAAAAUGUAGAACACCAAUGAGAUAUGUAGGAAGUAAAAAUGGUUCAAAAUCUGAUCUUUAUGGAAGAAAAAUUUCAUUACAUGAUGCAUAUACAGUACCAUUAAAUCAUAUAUAUACUAAACUUGAAAAAUUAGGUGAAGGAUCAUAUGCUACAGUAUAUAAAUCAUAUGAUCGUUUAAAUAAACGUAUUGUAGCAUUAAAAGAAAUUCAAUUACAAAAAAUGGAAGGAUUACCAUUUACUGCUAUAAGAGAAGCAUCACUUCUUCGUGAUUUACAUCAUUCAAAUAUUGUUCAUUUAUAUCAAAUAAUACAUCACUCAGAUCAUUUAAUUCUUGCUUUUGAAUAUAUGUAUACAGAUCUUUCAAAAUAUAUGGAAUUUUUUAAACGAGGUCUAGAAAAAGAUUUAAUAAGAAUUUUUUUAUUUCAACUUUUAAGAGGUUUAGCAUAUUGUCAUGAAAGAAAAAUAUUACAUCGUGAUUUAAAACCUCAAAAUUUAUUAUUAUCAGAAAGUGGUGAAUUAAAAUUAGCUGAUUUUGGUUUAGCUAGAGCAAAAAGUGUUCCAUCAAGAACAUACUCUAAUGAAGUUGUUACUUUAUGGUAUAGACCUCCUGAUGUUUUACUUGGUUCAACAGAAUACUCUUGUUCAUUAGAUAUGUGGGGCGUUGGUUGUAUUUUUGCAGAAAUGACAAUGGGUAGACCAUUAUUUCCAGGAACAUCUGGAAAUAUAGAUCAAUUAGAAAAGAUAUUUAAAAUACGUGGUACAUUAACAAUUGAAAUAUGGUCAGAUGUUAAAAAUCUUCCACUCUACAAUACAUACAUAUCAAAUCAUGAUAUUUAUCAUGAAAAACCAUGGCAUUAUAUUAGUAGAGAAUUUGAAAAACUUUGUGAUGGAAUUGAUUUAUUAAAUGGUUUCUUAAAUUUAAAUCCAAAUAAAAGGAAAUCAGCUAAAGAUGCAAUGAAACAUUCUUUUUUUACAAGUAUCUUUCCAAAUGCUAUACAUUAUCUUCCUUCUAAUGUUAGUAUUUUUACAAUUUUAGGUAAAAAUCCAUUACAAUGUAAUAUUAUAACUAAUAAAGUAAAAAAUGAUAAAAAAGCAGAAGGUUAUGAUUCUAUAAGAGUAUAA